CUAGCCCUUCCCCCAUUUCACCUUCACUUCAGAUUCAAACCUCUUCCUUCUACUCUCUCUCUCUCAAUACAAUGGCACCAGCUUCUUUGCGGGAAGCCUCGUCUACGGCUGUUUGUGUAAUGGAUGCAUCAGGGCGCCUGGGCUCGACCCUCGUGCAUCGGCUCUUGCAAAGAGGCUACACUGUACACGCCACUGUCCAGAACCAAGGUGAAUUGCAUUGUUUUGAGGGAGAGGGACUAUCUUGUGAUAACAAGAAAUUGAAAGUAUUUCACUCAGACCCCUUGGAUUAUCACAGCAUUCUAGACUCAUUGAGGGGAUGCUCUGCCUUGUUUUAUUCCUUCGAGCCGCCCUCAGACCAGCCCAGCUACGAUGAAUUUAUGGGAGAAGUAGAGGUUAGAGCUGCACACAAUGUAUUGGAAGCUUGUGCACAAACAGACACCAUUGAGAAGGUGGUGUUCACAUCCUCUGUGACGGCUGUAAUCUGGAGGGACCCACAUAACACAACCACGGAUGAAAGAAAUUGGAGUGACAUAAAUUUUUGCAAGAAGUAUAAGCUGUGGCACGGGCUGUCAAAGACACUGGCAGAGAAGACAGCGUGGGCCUUAGCAAUGGACAGAGGGGUAAACAUGGUGUCCAUAAACGGAGGUCUAUUGAUGGGUCCUGAUCUCACCGUCAUCAAUCCUUAUUUGAAAGGAGCGGCUGAGAUGUAUGAGAAUGGUGUGUUUGUUACUGUGGACCUCAGGUUUUUGGUGGAUGCACACAUCAGUGUCUUUGAGGACAUCGCAGCAUACGGACGAUAUCUAUGCUUCAACCAUGUCAUUAACUGCAGCGAAGAUGCCAUUAGGCUCGCCCACAUGCUCUUGCCAACCUCUGCAUCAUCACCACCUCAAAGCUCCGAGGACAACAGAGUCUAUCAACAAAGGAUAAGCAACAAGAAACUAAACAAACUGAUGCUGGGUUUUGACAAUGGAGUUCCAAGUUAAUUGAUAUGCAUGCACCUGCCUAUUAGAUAAAAACAAAUAGACGUGCAUUGUAUAUGACUUCUGAUUAGGUUUCUAAGACACCAUUCCUGGGCCAUAUAUAAUUUUCUAUCGUUGAUAUCCAGAAUGAUUAUUGGAAUCCACCUAGAAGCAUGUUCGUUUGAGAUUAUUUUAAGAUGAAUAAAAAAUUAUAUGUAUAUUUUUUUUGGGUUAAACAAGC